AUGCGCGUCGCGACCUUUUUCGGCGCUUGUGCGCUCGCCGCCUCGUCUUUCCUCGUCGAGGCCAGGUCCGCACAGUAUGCGGGCGUGAAGGUGCCAGAGAUGCCGCGCCCGCGUCGUGGCGAUCUGCUGAAGAAGCUCUCUGCCCCGGUCGAGAAGCGCGCCGCCGAUUACAUCAUUCCUCAGAGUGCGAACACCACAAAGUUCGCGGUCAAUGGCUCCGCCAUUCCCGAGGUUGAUUUCGACGUUGGCGAGUCGUACGCCGGCCUGCUCCCCAUUUCCGACAAGGCGAACGAGACGAGUGAGCUCUACUUCUGGUUUUUCCCGUCUGAGAACGAAGCUGCUACCGACGAGAUUGUCAUCUGGCUCAACGGUGGCCCUGGAUGCUCGUCUCUUGAGGGCUUCUUCCAGGAGAAUGGUCCUGUUCUGUGGCAGUAUGGCACCUUCAAGCCCGUCAAGAACCCUUGGACUUGGGUCAAUCUUACAAGCAUGGUUUGGGUCGAGCAACCCGUUGGUACUGGCUUCACUCAGGGUAAACCCACCGCGACCAACGAGGAGGAGGCCGCCGCUCAGUUCCUUGGCUUCUGGAAGAACUUCGUCGACACCUUCGGCCUGCACGGCCGUAAGGUGUAUAUUGCCGGCGAGUCGUACGCUGGUUACUACGUUCCUUACAUCACCGAUGCCAUGCUCAACGAGAACGACACGACAUACUACGAUGCUCAAGCUUUCUUGAUCUACGAUCCUAGCACCUCAUACAACGUUGUUCAGCAACAGAUCCCCGCUGUUCCCUUCGUUGACUACUGGGCACCACUGUUCAACCUCAACAAGACCUUCACGGACGACAUCCACAACCGUGCUGAUGAGUGUGGCUACACCGAUUUCUUCAACACGUACCUGACGUUCCCUCCCACUGGCCCUCUGCCGACCCCUCCCAAUGUUGAUGGCGAAGCUGCCGGCUGUGACCUGUGGGACGACAUCUACUACGCUGUCAGCAGCGUCAACCCGUGCUUCGACAUUUACCAGGUCGCGACUACUUGCCCUCUGCUCUGGGACGUACUCGGGUUCCCCGGAAGCUUUGACUAUGUGCCUGAAGGGGCCGGCAUCUAUUUCAACCGCACCGACGUCCAGAAGGCCAUCAAUGCGCCUGUGCAGGAGUGGGCCGAGUGCUCCAGCGGCGUCCUUGACACCGACACCUCGCCGGCCUCGGGCCUCUCCAUCCUGCCCAGCGUCAUCGAGCGCACCAACGGCCGCUCCAUCAUCGCCCACGGCAACCUCGACUUCAUCCUCAUCGCCAACGGCACUCUGCUGAUGAUUCAGAACAUGACGUGGGGCGGCGCCCAGGGCUUCCAGACUGCCCCGACGGAGCCGUUCUUUGUCCCCUACCACGAAGAGGUCUCGCCGAGCACGUUGGCGGCGUCAGGUAUCAUGGGCACCGCGCACACUGAGCGUGGUCUGACUUGGGUCGAGGUUUCCAUGUCCGGUCACAUGGUCCCGCAAUAUCAGCCUUCGGCCGCUUACCGCCAGCUCGAAUUCCUGCUGGGCCGCAUCGACAGCCUCAACGAGCGGAGUGAUUUCACCACCCAGACGGGUGACUUUGGCAACGGCUUCAACUUCACCAGCGCCAACUCGACGCUGAAGAUGUCGAAGAGGCAGAUGGGUAUCGAGUGGGCGAUAUAA